CUAGCCAGGCUUUUCAUGUCUUCCACUCUCAAUGGCCAUAUCUCACAGACACGAAAGGAAGUGUUGAGCUGCACACACGUCCUUUGGUUGACAGCCGGCCGGAUAUCCCGCCUACGCCAGAGACGGCGUAAAGUGGAAUAUGCGAAACGAGUCUUCUGUAUCCGUCCUGAGAUGUCGUCAGCGAUUAACUCGCUGACACUGGUUGAUGCAACUGCCCAAAUAAGUGAAGCUGUCAACGCGCUCUACUACUUCACUCCCUAUUUCAAUGUAGCCCAGCUAUGCUGUCUCUUUACUCUGGAGAGAAAAGGUCGACCUCAGAGAUUGUACAUGCCAACUUACCCCACAAUGGUCUGUAACCGGAGGUAAGUUUACUUAUACGGAACCAAUCCAGAAACCAGUUCAUACAGACGGUUACCGACCUCAACCAGCUGUCCCGUGAGCUAUGCGGUCACACAACGUUAACCCUCUUUCUAAUUCAGAUACCUGAAGAUUCAAUCAACUUCCACGGUGUUGGAAGCGAGGAAGCCUUCCUGAGCAUCAUUCCCCUUUACUAACAUCACCACUAUCUCCCCCCCUACUACAGUUAGUACUAUUCUUCAGGUUAUUGCGGCACCGUCACGUCACUCUGUAACCAAAAGCGACGAUGGAAGCCAUAGAAACACCCCAGAUAGC